AUGCAUAAGAUGAUGAAUAAAAUAUACCUGUCCAUGGCAGUUUUGGCCAGAACGAUUACCGGAAAGAGCUUGCAGGUUACGGGGGCAAUAUCUAACAUUUCCAGGACCAUUAUAUUCUUGGCUCAAUACUACACACUGACUGUUGAAGAACCACACAUUGGUAACUUCGUAGAUAUUCAGACGCAUGUGCAAAAUCCUAGCCUGGUUUUGAACAUCUUUAACACCGUUAAAUCCGACUUUGAUGAGCAUCAGUACCAAAACGGUGCUAACGAAGUUCAAGCUGCACUGUCUAGAAAGAAUCGAUGUGAAAAAUAUGCAUCAGAAUAUGGAGAUAGCAUCAAAGUUCUAUAUCUGUCCGACACCAAUACCCUUUUUGAUGUUUAUCUGAGAACUUUGGGGAUAACCUACAUCAUUGAUUGGACUAAUUUAAAUAAAAUACCAAACAAAGCACAGGCAUUAGAAGAUAUUAAUAGUCAUAUAGUUGAUGGUGUAAGGGUUGAGAAUAUUAGGAAUUAUUACGUGUUCAAGGUUAAUAUUGGUGGAAUGGCAUACGUUUUAAAACGAAUAGAUAGGUACAACAGAAAUAGCAAUGGUACUAAUGAUCUUGAAGCUACCAAGUUUGACUCGCCCCAUAUUGUAAAAAUCUACUUUGCCUUUGAACGAACCCUUGAGGACUUACAUCCAGCAAAGGUGAUGUGGUACCUGAGUGAAUAUCUGGAAAUAGAUCUGGAAGAUGAAAACAUACGGUACGAUAAGAAUGGGCUAAGAAGAAUAAUACACGACGUACUUCUUGGGUUAGAUUGCUUGCACAGGCAGGGCUAUUGCCACAGGGACAUCCAUAUUGGAAAUGUCAGAGGAACAAGAGGUCCCACAGGCAAGGAGACAUUCAAACUGAUUGAUUUCGGGUACUGCAAAAGACUUGAGGAUUCCAGUGAAAGUUUGAUAGGCAUAGAAAUCGUGACGGUAGGACAUUUGCUUGGCUGCCUGAAAACACGUUUAUUAACUAAAAGUGAAAAUGGAUACAGCCAACAGUAUGCGAAGACCAUUGGUCAUGACAUCAACUGUGCAGUGGCUGGAAGCGAGGAUUUAGCAGAUUUUCAUUUUGCAUGCUUAGGACUUGUGGAAAACCCGCCAACAUCAAUAGAACAGCUGCUAGGGCUUCCUUUUAUCAAAGGAAGCCCUAGCGUAGAAAAUGACCAGCUUGGCAAAAGAUGA